CCUGGGUUUCAGCUGUCAAAUGUUUGUGAUAGCGCUACAGAUCGCAGUGAUGGUUUAACGUGAGUGUGUGUGCAUGUGGGAUUUAAUUCGCAAGUUUUACUUUUAAAAAUUAGUGCUUUGGAAUUAUCAGUUAAUUUGGAAAAUAUGAAGAACACCGAUGAAAAUCAUAAGAUAACAGAAUCGGUUUACAAGAAUCUUGCGGAGAAUUUCAACCCAGGUGUCCGACAAAUCGUAGCAUGCGGCAAAAUGUACCACAAGGCCUUGCAAGGCCUGACAGUUGCGGCCCGGGCCUAUACAGAGGCACUGUUGAGGGUAGGACAAACGGCCCGCACGACAUGCUCAGGGGGCACAGAAGAAAUAGGAGAAGCAAUAUAUGAAAUAGCAGAGGUUCAAAAGGAAGUACAAGCCAGGAUUGAAGAAAAUUCCAAAGCCUUGUUCACAGAACUCAUCUUGCCAUUAGAACAGAAACUGGAAAAUGAAUUCAAAAGAUCAUCGUCACAGUACAAAAAAUAUGCCACGGGUCACAAGGUUGUGUUUGCUCCGUACAGCAAGGCGACGGAAUCACUCAAAAAGUUCCGCAAAAAGAGUCGAAAUAAACCAAUGUUUGAGGAGCAAAAAGAAGCACAGCACAUUAAAACGUUAGAGAGAUGUCAAGAGAAGUUAGAUGAAUUUAGACUGAGUGGACUUAAACUGGCUCUACUUGAAGAGAGAAAAUGUCAUUGUUUUUUAUUGGAUCGACUGAAUACCAUGGCAACACUGUACGCCAAUCACCACAAACAGUCUGCAGAGUCGUAUAUGAGAGGCCUCAUCAAAUGGAAGCAGCUCUCCGUCAAACCCCACAUUCUGCCACAGGAAGCGAACCGACUGUUGAUGAUGCCAGAUCAUGACCACAUGAGUGAAAUGAAUGGAGGGGUGUACAGAAAUGACAUUGAGACAAGAUCAUUGGGCAGUCCCUACAAACGGUCACAGAGUGUUCAUGAUGUCUACAGACGCCCGAUUCCUGUACAGACAGAUACAGCCUCAGACACUUACACGAGGACGUUGCCCCACGGUCGGGUGGUUCCCCCACCUCCCCCUAUCUCUGGGCUCCAGGUAAGGGCAGUGUACUCACAUGACGGGGACGGGGACACUAAAAUGUCCUUCAUGGAGGGGGACAUCAUCAACAUACUGGGGGAGAAGUCCUCUGAUGGCUGGCAGUAUGGUCUCAACACAAAUGCUGGAAAAUAUGGUUGGUUCCCCCUGUCCUUCACAGAGCCUUUCCAUAUGCCCCCAAUGCGUAAUGGACAUUCCAUGAUGAAUGGUAGAGUGAAGAGUAUGGGAGAUUUGUUGGAUGAUGCUGGCGAUGCUGAUGGGUAUUUUAUGGAGCACAGCAUGCCAGGAAGUGCCCAGAGACCCAAGUCCCUGUAUGAAGGGUCGGGAACCAGAUUACCAGGAAGUCACAGUCCUCUACCCAUGAGGUCACAAAUCCACCAACCCGGGUGGACAGGACAACAUCCUGGUCUUAUGGGCUCUUAUUCUUUACCACGUCAAUUCACAGGGCAGGGGGCAUAUAUGAGCUCUGAUAUGGACCACAUUUACCACUUUUUGCCCUCAGACCAUCAGCAACCUGGAGAGAAAGCAUCAACCAUUCAUCAGCAGGGCAUCAAUUAUUCUAGACCAGAGGCCAGGGGCAAUAAUCCCCCAUCUCCCCCUCUGCCCCCACCCCCACCCCCUCUUGCCUCUGAACACCCCUCCCCAGGCAAUGGGACCCCCUCCUCUUCCCUUUCCUCAGCCUCACCAAGUUUAAAUUCAUCCCACAUGUCGGAAUCUCCUGCCAGAAGAAACCCUUCAUCUCAAAACCAGAAAACCAACCAAUCAUCUUACACCAUUCCACCAGCACCACUCCCUCCUUCCUCUUCUGCACCAAUCACAAACUCUCUUGCUUCAGCUGCACAGUCUGAUACGUAUCACAAUUUAUACCAGAACACCCAGGGAAGCAUGCCAGGGUAUAGUCACAUGUCUCGUCAGCAACACAGCAUUCCCCCACCCCCUCCUCCCGCCCCGCCUGGGCCCCCUCCCAUUGGCGGACAGCAACGCAGAACUGCAAUGAAUUCUGGGACAGAUGAAGAGGACUCAGAUUUCCAAAGAAAUCCUAAAUUUGCCAAUGUUAGUUUAAGGAGAACUAUGACAAACGACAGAUCCAAACCCCGAUUUUAGUACGCAGAUGCCACAUGGGAUAGAAACAUCAACUUGCAGAACAAAUUCUUCAUAUUUAAACUGAACAAAACAAUCUCUUGACUGUAUAUGAUUUUCUUCUGUUUAUCAAUAUUUCAUUCUUUGUAUUUUAUCAUAUUGAGAUUAAUUUUUGUUAAUGCUUCCAAUAUUUAUCUACACUGUAAAAUAAAGUUUGUACAUUAGCAUUUUGGUCACAAUAUUUCCUGUUUUCAGGUCCUCACAUUUCUUGAAAAUCGUUUCUUUAGUUCUAGAUGCCACACCCUUAAAUACACACAAUGGAGUACAUCACCAGUUCUGAUAAUUAAUAUUUCAAAUUUUAUAGAUUUCAGAGGUACCAAAUUUGAAGUGCUAUUUUACCCAUUGAAGUCCCCUCAAAUUUCAUUUUUUUUUCAUAUUAACUUUCGUUAUCUUGAAGGUAAUGACUUUUUUUUUUACAUGGUGGUUUUACGAUUUGAAUGAGAGUUGUAAAUAUAUAAAUGUAUAUCCAGAAGAGUUAGAUAUAAAUACUUGUAAAUGUCUUUAUAGAACAAAGUGUUCAGAUACAUUUCUGGCUCCUGGAGAAUGACUCAGGGAUAAAGAAAUGGUGCAUUAGUAGGAAUUCAAAAUUUUGCUGGUUCUUGUUCACAGUUACCAGUUGUUCAACCUAUACAGAUAUGUAAACACUUCAUCAUAAAUAUUUAAAGUUAUAACUAUAUGUAUUAUGUAAUUAAUGUAUUCAAAUGAAGAAAACAUGCAAUCUAUACUUUUCAUUCUCACUUCAAGAAAAAGAGAUUGUGCUGACAUAACCCCAUUAUCUAAAAUUUAUGAAAGCUAUUAAUUUUUUUUUUUUGACCAAUUCUUCCAAUUUAGUUUUCUAUUUUUAUAUAUGUAAAUUAUGGAUUUAUUUAACCUGCAGUUUGUUACCCAUAGCUUGUUGCAGCCUCUUCAUAUGUAUAUCUGUUUUUAAUACAUAUAUGUAUAUAUAAAUAUAUGCAAAAAGUAAACUUGCACAGACAAGCUGAAAUUCUAUAUUAUAA